ACGGGGGCCUGGAGGAGAUGGUGGAGGAGUUGAACAGCGGGAAGGUGAUGUACGCCUUCUGCAGGGUGAAGGACCCCAACUCCGGCCUGCCCAAAUACGUCCUCGUCAACUGGACGGGUGAAGGCGUGAACGACGUGAGGAAAGGAGCCUGCGCCAACCACGUCAGCACCGUAGCCAACUUCCUAAAGGGGGCUCACGUCACCAUCAACGCCCGGGCCGAGGAGGACGUGGAGCCCCAGCUCAUCAUGGAGAAGGUGGCCAAGGCCUCGGGGGCCAACUACAACUUCCACAAGGAGAGCAGCAGGUUCCAGGACGCGGGCCCGCAGGCCCCUGUGGGCUCCGUCUACCAGAAGACGAACGCGAUGUCGGAAAUCAAGCGAGUCAAUAAGGACAAUUUUUGGGCCAAAGCGGAGAAAGACGAGGAGAACCGGCGGCUGGAGGAGAAGAGGAGG